UGUUAACAUGAUUUCUUAUGUGUAUGAAGUCCCAGAAGUUGCACAUGUUAUGGAAGACUAAAUCACCUUGCUUGGCCUUGGCAGUUCACUGCCGUGUAAUGGAGCUCAGGAUUGGCUGUCAAGUGCUGCUCCUCUGUUCCUGAAGGAUCCCAUUUCACUCUGUCUGCACGUCAGCACACUAACAGACUGAAAUAGAUGCCAUGGAGGGGUAUAUAAUGGCCAUGUAUUUCAAGAAACACCAAUCAUUACUUUCAAGAUGACGGUUAUGCACUUAUAAUAUAUUGAUUAUUUUCCUACCAAAUAACUUUCAAGUGACCUGAUGCCGAUUUUGUUCUAUCUGAUUAAUCAGACAGGGUUUUUUAAAAAUCGUAUACCAUCACAUCUCAUAUUUAAGCACAAAGGACAGUUUUUUUUCCUUUCUGUCUGUUAUAAUCUAAUGGUGAUUCAUUUCCAAAUGAGGGCAACAAAGAGCCUGUGUGUGUGUGUGUGUGUGUGUUUGCCUGCGUGUGCUGUGCCAACCGCGCAGACUCCUAUAUCACAUGACAUAGCUGGGCUUACUGGAGCCAAGGUUGUUGUCUAAUUUUUAGGGUUAGGGUUAGGCUACUUUUAAUUCUCAGGUUUCUUUUCUGCCGUUUUCAUUUAUUUAAGUAUUCUUUUGUUGGUUGAAGACAAGACGGUGUAUAACACACAUCAAGUUUAUUACAGUCAUGGCUGUAAAUCCUCAUUCCCUAAGAAGUCAGGCCACUCGGAGCCCUGAGCGGAUCCUGCGAGAGAUCCAGAGCAACUUGCUGGAGUGCAAGGUGUGCUUUGAGAUAUUCAAUCCAGCAGGGCAGAGUGAGCGCAGACCCCAGAACCUUCCCUGCGGCCAUGUGCUCUGCCUGGACUGCAUCGGUGCUCUUUCCCACCCCGUGCUGAAGAAGCUGGAGUGCCCAUUUUGUCGACAGCUAUGCGAUGUUGACAGCACCUCCCACUGCCACGCCCUCGGCGACCUGCAGGAGCUGCUGUUGAACAGUAAAGUUGGUGCUCCAAGCUACGGAGGGAAAGCCCUUCAUGUCUUUGGAUCUCUGCAGCUCUGCUCUGCCUUUGGUGGCUGGGGAACACUGUUUAACCCCACUGGGAUUGCUGUGCUUGGGACCUCUGGGACCAUGGUGGUGGUGCAUGAUGGAGACACGCGGUUGGUGGUGUUUGGCCCCCAAGGGAGGAGGCUACAUGGCUUUGGGCGGAGGGGGGACAUAUGUUACCCACUGGACGUGGCCGUGACUCCCAAUGGUCACGUGGUGGUGACGGACGCAGGAGACAAGUCUCUGAAAGUGUUCACCUCCAGGGGGUGUCACGUGUUGACACUCACAGACGUGUUCCAGCUGCCCUGGGGCGUGGAUGUAGACAUGCGUGGGAACAUUCUGGUCUCAGAUUCCCAGACUGGCAUCCUCUCCCGGGUCACUCUGGACUGUGUUCUUGGUGUCAUCCUGGAUCAUCAGACGCCCAUCACUGAUCUGGAGCAUCCCAGAGCGGUGGCCUGUUGUCAGGUGACGGGGGCCACCGCAGUGGUAGAGCAUCUGCUUUUUGAUGAGUCACACCCCACUUGGAACCACCGGCCUGCCAGACUCAGAGUGUAUGACCAAUACUUCAGCCUCCUCUAUCAGAUAGACAGCUUCAGCCUCAGCCUCGGGUCCACGGCCUGGCUGUGCAUGUCCGCAGUGGCUUUCGAAGGAGAUGGAAAUGUGAUUAUUAUUGACUCCAAGCAGGCAAUGAUUUGGAAGCUGCAUAAGGGCAAUAAGCUAACUCCCCUUAUUAGCGAAAACCUUGUGCGGCCAGUUGGGCUUAUUUGUACAGCCAAGGAUAGCACACUAACCGUUUUGGACAGUGGAGACCAUGCUGUGAAGAUUUAUUCUUCUAUAUAAUAUGAAAUGCAUUAAUAUCAAAAAUAAUGUUUGGUAGUAUUUAGGGAAAACAUGAAUAAAAUGUGUUUUAACCUACAUUAAAUCGAUGAGGAAAGUGAUGUUUGUUUAAAAUUAUAAUCCGGUGUACCAUGUAUUUUGGUUA